GUCGCUCCUACCUGUGGACAGGUAAAGGGGGGCAGGCAGGGGGGAUAAAAGCCGACCUACAUGCAGAUCAGAGUUUACAGCUGGGCUUUGUUUCUCAUUUAUGCUCUCGCCUGAAUACGACUGUGCCAAAGUUCAGUGUUCACAACCUGCAACAACAAAAGGAGAAAGAAGACACUGAGCUAGAUGUUCCCCAGCAGCUUCAGCGCUCAGAUUCAGUGAGAAAAACGAGAGGAUUCAGAGAGGACGAUCAGAGAGGGUCCUUCCAUUGGUGAUGCCAUACUAGAACUUCCAAAGUCUUUCUCCGUUAUAAUUGGCGCAGACAAACAUGGCGACCAGGAAGAAAGAGGUCCAGCGAAGGAUUGUGUCCAAGGAUGGCCAUAAUAAUGUACGUAUCGACAACGUGGAGGGCAUGGUGAAGCUGUACCUACAUGACAUCUGGACCACCGUAGUGGACAUGAAAUGGCGCUACAAGCUCACUCUGUUUGCCUCCACCUUCGUCAUGACGUGGUUCAUCUUCGGGGUCAUCUUUUACUUUAUCGGCAUGGGCAACGGCGACUUUGAGCCUGGUCUGAGCACCAACCACACACCCUGCGUACAGAACGUUGGGACCCUCACCGGAGCCUUCCUCUUCUCCCUGGAGUCACAGACCACCAUUGGUUAUGGUUACCGUUACAUCUCAGAGGAGUGUCCACUCGCCAUCUUCACCCUGGUGGCUCAGCUCGUCAUCACCGGCCUGGCUGAGAUCUUCGUCACCGGAGCUUUUCUUGCCAAACUGGCCCGACCCAAGAAGCGAGCUGAGACCAUCAAGUUCAGCCAGCUGGCGGUGAUCUGCCGGCGUCAGGGGAAGCUGUGUCUGAUGGUGAGGGUGGCGAACAUGAGGAAGAGUCUUCUGAUUCAGUGUCAGCUGACUGGGAAGCUCCUUCACUCCAAUGUGACAGAGGAAGGCGAGAAGACACAAGUCCACCAGAGCUCCGUGGACUUCAACAUGGACUCCAGCAGCGAGUGCCCCUUCCUCAUCCUACCGCUCACCUUCUACCACGUCCUGGACGAGCACAGCCCGCUGGCAGGCCUGAACGCAGAGAACCUCCGCACGCGAGACUUCGAGCUCCUCGUCACUCUGAACGCCACCAUGGAGUCGACUGCGGCCACGUGUCAGAGCCGCACCUCCUACGUCCCCCAGGAGAUCCUCUGGGGCUACGAGUUCAAGCCCGUUCUGUUCAGCACCACAGGGGGGCGCUAUGUUGCAGAUUUCAACUUUUUCGACAAGGUUCAAGUUAGCAACGACCCAGCCUUCCUCAGCAACAACACGGAGAAGCUCAAAUUGGAGGAGGACUACAAGAAAGAGUAGAGGAGACAUGUUUCAUUGCUUAUGUUGGAAAUAAGGUCAGGACUGUGCCUGUUGGUCAGAGUUACUGUCUUAUUUAUGGCCCCAUGAUUUCACAGAUUAAGAGUUUUAACACUCCAAAUGUUUUGGUUUAAUACUGAUUCUAAAUAUAUAUUUUAGUAAGGAAACCUUGGGAUACAUAACUAUUGCUGAGUGAGGGCUUUAUCGUUGUUAAAUAGCAUUUUCUUAAAUAUGGAAUUUCCAUGCUGAUCCAUCCAUUUUAUUUUACCCUGUUUUUCAUGAUAACGUGAUUUCUGUUGUUGUUUGUGGAAAUCUAAACUUUUUAAGUUGUUUACUCAAGACAACAGGGUGGUUUUCCAGUGACACCAGUUUAUUUCUUGGGAUCUUGGAAAAAUGACCAGUUACUAUUGGAGAUCCUAAUCUUGCAAAGUGUAUGGAUUUUCCAGAUUCCAUGUCUGUCCUCGGGAAGAUCCAUUUCCCAAAGCUUCAAUCUGAAACGUCUGUGCCUGGUCUGAGAAUGACUGGACCAGUUAGCAUCAUUUUAGUAAACUGAGGCGAUAGCUAAAAGCUUGGUUUAGUUUUACUGCAAGUCUGUAAACAAUGGAGACCAGUGACGCGAUUAGCUCAGAUGUAGCUAUAGCGGCAGUUUUAUCAGAAAUGGACAACAUUUUUUACUAGAAGAGCAAAGAAUCCCACUGAAAGCUUGUCUUGGUGGAAAAUAUGCUUUUGCUUUUCUCCUGAUUGGUUUUGGCAAGAAUUUGAUUCACCGUCUGGCUCCACUGCAGUUAAAAACAAUAUGGCUGCCUGUUGAGUGCAUAUAAGGAAGUUUACUCCACAGGGCUGUGCCCGCCUACAUCAUAUGCUUUUCACUCUGAUUGACCCAUCCCAAAAUUUAGAGAUAGAACGCUUGCACAAUAACCCUUUGAGAUUUUUGUAGAAGUGUCUGCCCUCCCGAAACACCAUUCAUGGGCUGUUGUCCAAAUGUAUGCAAAAUACAUCCAAUCCAAUGGAUAUCUGAAAAACUCUAUAGGUUUUUUGCAGUCAUGUGAUACCAGUGACAACCAAAUUACUUAGUCCUGCAGAAGGGAGACAAGAGUCUUGAGGAAUCUAGUAAGAGAAAUAAAUAAAAAUGGCUGUCAAAAUCAACACCAGUGCGAAGUGUCCAUCUUUCUGCAAACAAUUCUUGGACAGUUUUGAAUUCAACAGCAGUGCACUGAACUGUUGAAUUCUUCUGUGUGAAUGCACUUUGCACAAAUAUGCGACCAAAAUAUGAAAUAUUUAGUACAGAGGAUGCAAUUUAGAGCACAACGUUUAAGGCUAUAUCCACCAGUUUGAAAUACACUGCGUGAAAUUAAAGCCAGUUUUACAUUUUGUGGCAAGAUUUACUUUGUUGGAAAGACUAAAAAUGGAGCCUGUGUGAUAGACAUGAUGCUAAAGCUAGGUCACAGUUAGCUUACAAGCUGUCAGACUGGGAAAUGAUGGAAACAGCUAGCAUGAAAGUAAAGGGGUAAAAUUUAUUUUUUAAUUGUGGUAUAAAAAUUUUUUAAAAUGAAGAUAAUUUUCGCAUUGCUUUGUUGGGUGUAACUUCACGAUUACACUAAGUAGGAUAGCAAAGCUAAUGAAGCAAAGAUUAGCUCUGUCAGUGAGAAUUCCCCAGCUUUUGUUUUGUUUUUUGUUUUUUUUAAAGUCCUUGCAGUUCUGUAUGUUUGUUAAAACUGAGAAGAACUUGUCAAAAUCAGUGCCUGUCUAAAUCAAAUGGAUGUUUGAAUCCAUAAUUUAAUAUGAACGUGUUUUUAACCUACUUUAGCAUGACGGAUACAGUGGUCAUUGCCAUGAUUGCAGGUUGGAAAACAAUAAAAUAACAAAUGUGUCAUGUUCAGUGAGUUUGGAGACAUCUUAAAAGCAGCCAUACACAAGAAAAAGUGUACAUUUUACUUUUUACUAGCCUGUUGCCUUCCACUGUCUCCUAUCAGUAUGCUAAGCUAAAGCUAGCUAAACUAACCUCCAGUCCUGAAAGAUCGGCAAGCAGAAACACACUCUAACAACUGUUUCUUUUUGUAAAUGGAUCCCUUUAAUAAGGAAUAAGAAAUAUGAGUUUAUGAAGGCUAAUAUAAUUAAAUGUGUCUAUUUUCAAGUGAUUUACUGUGUCUCUACCAAGGUAAAAUAGGAGUGUACAUGAUAUGAUUCUUUGAAACACACAAGCUUUCCAUCUUUUUUAAACUGGUCUGGGUUAUGGUGUAUGAAACACUAUGUAUGGGACUCAAUGAUGUAGCACUGCAAUGUUAAUAAAAUUGGGUCAUUUUCUAAA